UCUUACUGCUAUGCAAAAAUAUAGUCUUUGUAAAACUAAAGAAAAAAACCUUAACCUUAUCUAUUAUGAAUUAGCAAAACUUUAUCAAAUUAGCAGGUCAACAGUAUCUGAUAUUUUAAAAGAAAAAACAUGGUAG